AGGCGCGCGUGUCGGUGAACGCCAGGAUUCCGACCGUGGAGCAGCGGCUCUUCUGCGGGGGGGCGGAGCUGAGCGACCAGGACUCCCUGUCCACCGCCGCCAGCCUCUCGCCCUCGUCGCAGGCCGGCUCCGACGGCGGCCCUGCCGCGCAGACCGCGGACGUCUCGCUCCUGCGGGCCGACCCCGAGUGGCAGCGGAGCCUCGACAUGGUGCUCCUCGCGGGCAUGCAGCUGGCCGUGGUGCCGGACGGGCUCCGCGCGGACCGCAGCAUCGUGCGCGCCGCCCUGCGCCAGAACGGCCGCGCGCUGGAGUACGCCGCCGAGGAGUGCCGGGCGGACCGCGAGCUCGUGCUGAUAGCGGUGGUGGGCCACGGCCUGUCGCUCGAGCACGCCUCGGCCGAGCUCCGGGGAGACCACGAGGCACGAGCGAGUACGUCGACGUGUUUGGACGCCGCCCCGGGGCAGCGAGCCGAUCGAGCUGGAGACCUGAUCACGAGUCCCCGCGUGCUGUACGUGAAGAAGCCGAGGUGGUGUUGGCUGCGGUCCGCUCCGCGGGCCUGGCACUGCAGCACGCCGCGCCGGCGCAGCGGGCGAGCCCGGAGGUCGUCCUGGCCGCGGUGGCGAGCUGCCCGCAGGCGCUGCAGUUCGCCGCCCCAGGGCUGCGCGAGGACCGCGACCUGGUGCUUCGAGCCGUCAGGCUCUCGGGCCUCGCGCUCGAGUUCGCGGCGGACCGCCUGAGGUGUGACAGGAGCGUCGUCCUGGCGGCCGUCGAGGAGGACGGGCUCGCACUCGAGUACGCCAGCGAGGAUCUGCGGGCCGACCGGGUCGUCGUGCGGACCGCCGUGAUGUCCAACGGUCUGGCGCUGCUGGACGCAGCGGAGGAGCUCAAGGUGGACCGUGCUCUGCUGGCAGUGGCCCGCUGGGGCUGAUGUGCGCGGACGGUUGGUGUGCACCGUGCCGCGGUGGCGUCUCCCGAGGAGGAGGA